AUGGCUCAACUCCAGCAAGAAACUAGAGCCUUAACCAUGAGCACCAAUCAGUUUCAGCAGGACACAAAAUCAGGCAUGAAGGAUAUGGAGGCUCGAAUAAGUCAAAUGGCAAUUGCCAUCAAUCGCUUGGAGUCCCACGCUUAUGGAAAGCUACCCUCACAACCCGAAGUAAAUCCCAGAAAUGUAAGUGCCAUGACAUUAAGGAGUGGCAAGGAAGUGGAGGGGCCAAAGGUCACGAACUUGAAGAAAAAAAGUGAAGACGAGAUCGAGAAGGAGAUAGAGGAAGAAGGACGCAUUCGUGGAGGUCCUGAGGUAACUCUUACACCAUCGAUACCCGUCAAAUCUAAUUUACCACCUUUUCCAUGCAGGUUGGCAAAAACAAAGAAGGCAGAGAAGGAUAAGGAGAUCCUGGAUGUGUUCAGAAAAGUGGAGAUCAACAUCCCCUUAUUAGAGGCAAUUAAGCAGGUACCGAAAUACGCAAAAUUUCUCAAGAACCUGUGCACCCACAAAAGGAAGUUAAGAGGGGAUGAAAGAGUAGUCGUAGGAGAGAAUGUAUCAUCCAUGCUCCAAAGGAAGCUUCCACCCAAGUGUGGAGAUCCAGGUAUGUUCACGAUCCCGUGCAAGAUAGGAAAUACACCAAUUAGAAAAGCAAUGUUAGAUUUAGGGGCGUCAAUCAAUGUGAUGCCAAAGACCAUUUUUGCUUCUCUAAAUCUUGGGCCACUUAAAGAAACAGCCAUCAUAAUCCAACUAGCUGAUCGCACAAAUGCAUAUCCAGAGGGGCUAGUUGAGGAUGUCUUGGUUCAGGUAAAUGAAUUGAUUUUUCCUGCAGAUUUUUAUAUCUUGGGAGAUGAAAAAUCAUUAAACCCGGCACCUAUCCUGUUAGGUAGACCGUUACUUAGCACUGCCAGGACUAAGAUAGAUGUGAAUGAGGGUACUUUGUCAAUGGAAUUUGAUGGUGAAACUGUGAAUUUCAAUAUUUUUGAGGCGAUGAAGUAUCCAGAAGAAUCUAACUCGGUUUUUGCUUUGAGCGUUGUUGAGCCUUUUGUGCAGGAAAUCUUCGAAUUAGAUGGCAAAGACGCAUUGGAAGUGGCUCUAAUGAAGCAUUUGGAGUUGGGUGUAACUCUUGAUGUGGACUUAAGGGAAGAGUUGCUCCAUGCUGUUGAAGCCUUACACUCACUUCCACCCGUGUCCCCAAGGUAUGAACUUACCUCUCUUUUUGUGCCAGAGGCUAAGACAAAGUUGCUCCCUUCAGUUGUUCAGGCACUGGAAUUAGAAUUAAAGUCUCUCCCAAAGCAUCUAAAGUACGCAUUCCUAGGAGACCGGGAGACACUGCCGGUGAUCAUCUCUGCACACCUAUCUCCAAGUCAAGAAGACAAACUGGUGCGAAUCCUUAUGGAGCAUAAGGAGGCAAUUGGGUGGAGCAUAGCCGAUAUUAAAGGGAUCAGCCUGUCCUUGUGCAUGCACCGGAUAAGGCUCGAGGGUGAUGCAAAACCGGUAAGGCAAGCACAACGGAGAUUGAACCCCCUGAUGAUGGAAGUUGUGAAAAACGAGAUACUCAAACUCCUAGAGGUGGGGAUCAUUUUUGCUAUCUCGGAUAGCCCAUGGGUGAGCCCUGUCCAAGUGGUCCCGAAGAAAGCGGGAGUAACCGUAGAGGAGAACCAGGAAGGUGAUAUGGUCCCGGUCAGGAAAGCUACUGGCUGGCGCCAGUGCAUUGACUACAGGAGGCUCAAUUCUGUGACUAAAAAUGAUCAUUUCCCCCUCCCUUUUAUUGAUCAGAUGGUAGAACGAUUGGCAGGUCGUGUUUACUAUUGUUUCUUGGAUGGCUGUUCAGGCUUUUACAGGAGAUUUAUCAAAGACUUUUCAAAAAUAGGAGCACCCCUGUUCAAGUUACUGCAGAAGGACAUGCCAUUUGAUUUCACAAAUGAAUGCAAGGUGGCUUUUGAUAAACUGAAGGAAUCAUUGACAUCGCCGCUUGUCAUUCAACCCCCAAAUUGGAACCUUCCGUUUGAAAUCAUGUGCGACGCGAGUGACUAUGCCGUGGGAGCCGUGUUGGGACAAAGAAUAGGAAGAGCGCCACACGCGAUCUACUACGCGUCGAGAGCCUUAAGUGGAGCCCAACUUAAUUACUCCACGACGGAAAAAGAAUUACUAGCUGUUGUUUUUGCACUAGAAAAAUUUAGGUCAUAUUUAUUGGGUGCAAGAGAGUUCGACCUAGAAAUCAGGGAUAAGAGCGGAGCUGAGAAUUUGGUGGCUGAUCAUUUGAGCCGGUUGCUCACAAAUCAAGAGGAUAUGCAGUUGAGAGAAUCAUUUCCUGAGGAACAAUUAUUAGUCAUUCAUUCGUCGGCACCAUGGUAUGCCGAUAUUGUAAAUUUUUUGGUAACAAGUGAAUUACCUGCAGGUUGGUCAAAAGCUAAAAGAGAUAAGUUAAGGAGUGAUGCCAAACAUUACCUUUGGGAUGACCCAUAUCUGUGGAGGCAAUGUUCGGACCAAGUAACAAGAAGAUGUGUGAGUGCAGGUGAGUUUCACUCUAUUUUGACUUUUUGUCAUUCGUUUGCAUGUGGAGGGCAUUUUGGUCCUAAGCGGAUGGCUCGUAAGGUGUUGGAAAGUGGUUUUUAUUGGCCUACCCUCUUUAAGGAUGCGUAUUUGUUCUGUAAAUCGUGUGAUAAGUGUCAAAGGGUGGGGAAUAUCUCUCGUAGAGACCAAAUGAGUCAAACCCCCAUAUUAUUUGUUGAGAUUUUUGAUGUCUGGGGUUUAGAUUUCAUGGGUCCUUUCCCCUCGUCUUUUGGUUUCUUGUACAUUAUACUUGCUGUCGACUAUGUUUCAAAAUGGGUGGAGGCAAAAGCCACCCGGACUAAUGACUCUAGAGUGGUUGCAGAUUUUAUAAGAUCUAACAUUUUUGUCCGAUUUGGAAUGCCGAGAGCUAUAGUGAGUGACAGGGGCACUCAUUUCUGCAAUAAGACAAUCACUGCAUUGUUUCGUAAGUAUGGUGUGCUGCACAAAGUGUCAACUCCCUACCAUCCCCAAACGAAUGGUCAGGCCGAAGUGUCAAAUAGGGAGGUUAAGUCAAUCCUGGAGAAGAUGGUGAGGCCUGAUAGAAAGGAUUGGAGUGUGAAAUUGGAAGAUGCUCUCUGGGCCUACCGCACCGCAUAUAAAACACCGAUUGGGAUGUCCCCAUACAGGUUAGUUUUUGGGAAGCCCUGCCACCUUCCGGUGGAAUUUGAACACAGAGCAUUUUGGGCACUUAAGCGGUGUAAUAUGGACCUUAUGGAGGCCGGAGGAAAUAGGAAGCUCCAAUUACAAGAGUUGAAAGAACUAAGGAAUGAAGCCUAUGAGAACGCCGCAAUAUAUAAGGAGAAGAGCAAAAUUUUUCAUGACCAACAAGUGUCGAGGAAGUCAUUUGUCAUCGGGCAAAAAGUCCUACUUUAUCACUCUAGACUUAAGCUUUUUCCUGUGGAAAUCCAAAGUCUUAAGACGGAGAAAAGGUUCAUAGUCAAUGGUCACCGUCUAAAGCCUUAUUAUGAAGGGUUUAUUAGUGAGCCAGUGGAGUUUUAUCUUGAUGUUUUGAUUGUUUUUGUGGUGAUGGACAGAAGACUAGCAGUUCCAAGGCGUGCCCACGCCUUGAAAGGGAGGCACCGGGUGUCCUGA